CAAGAUCGCUGUUUUUCAUGACAUUCAAAUGGUGUUCUGUGAGAAAAUAUCAAAGAGAGGUUAAGCGUGUACGCGCUCCCGCACGGCUGGUGCGCACGGUCAGGCGUGUGCGCGCCCGCUGCUCGAGCUCCGAGGCUCCAGGAGGAUGGACGGAGGGUCGCCGGGUCUGGCAGUCAUGCCGGCCUCGCCACAUCCCAACAGCACCGCGGAUGCAGAGGAGGACAUGGUCAGCGGAGGGAUGCUCACCUUCAACCAGUCGCACAUGAGCAAGGCAUUCCAGCUGAUGAACGACCUGAGAAGUAAGAAGCUGCUGUGUGACGUCCAGCUGGUGGCCGACAGUGUGGAGGUGCCAGCCCACCGCGUGGUCUUGGCUUCCUGCAGCCCCUACUUCUGUGCCAUGUUUACAGGUGACAUGAGCGAGAGUAAAGCCCGUCAGGUCGUGAUCAGGGAGGUGGAUGGGCAGACGUUGAGGAAGCUGGUGGACUACAUCUACACCGCUGAGAUCGAGAUCACAGAAGACAACGUUCAGGUUCUCCUCCCAGCAGCGAGUCUCCUCCAGCUGAUGGACGUCCGCCAGGUGUGCUGCGAGUUCCUGCAGUCUCAGCUUCACCCCAGCAACUGUCUGGGCAUCCUGGCGUUCGCUGACCUGCACACCUGCACGCAGCUCCUCAACCAGGCGCAUGCCUACGCAGAGCAGCACUUCACAGAGGUCGUCCAGGGAGAGGAGUUUUUGGCUCUUUCACUUCAGCAGCUCUGCAGCCUGAUCUCCAGCGACAAACUGACAGUCUCCACAGAGGAAAAGGUGUUUGAAGCCAUGAUCUCGUGGAUCAAGUACGAUGAACCCGCUCGCAUGGAGUUCAUGCCCACUCUGAUGGAGCACGUGCGACUUCCGCUCCUGUCCCGCGACUACCUGGUGCAGAUUGUGGAGGAAGAAGCUCUGAUCAAGAACAACAACACCUGCAAAGAUUUCCUCAUCGAGGCCAUGAAGUAUCACCUGCUGCCCGCUGACCAGCGCCACCUCAUCAAGACCGACCGGACCCGGCCCAGAACUCCCGUCAGCAUCCCCAAGGUGAUGAUCGUGGUCGGAGGCCAGGCGCCAAAAGCCAUCAGGAACGUGGAGUGCUACGACUUCCAGGAGGACCGCUGGUACUCGGUGGCUGACCUGCCGUCGAGGCGCUGCAGGGCAGGUGUAGUCUCCAUGGCAGGUCGGGUGUUUGCCAUCGGAGGGUUCAACAGCUCGUCGCGCGAGCGGACAGUGGACGUGUACGAAGGAUCGCGGGACCAGUGGAGCGGCGCGGUGGCGAGCAUGCAGGAGAGACGGAGCACCCUGGGCGCCGCCGUGCUGGGCGACCUGCUGUACGCCGUGGGGGGCUUCAACGGAAGCAUAGGUCUGUCCACCGUGGAGGCGUACAACUUCAAAAGCAACGAGUGGGCGUACGUGGCGCCCAUGAACACGCGGCGCAGCAGCGUGGGGGUCGGCGUUGUCGACGGGAAGCUGUACGCGGUCGGGGGCUACGACGGAGCGUCGCGUCAGUGUCUCAGCUCGGUGGAGGAAUACGACCCCGCCACGGACCAGUGGUGCUACGUGGCUGACAUGAGCACGCGGCGCAGUGGGGCGGGUGUGGGCGUGCUGGCCGGUCACCUCUACGCCGCGGGAGGCCACGAUGGGCCGCUGGUGAGGAAGAGCGUGGAGGUGUUCGACCCGCAGUCCAACUCCUGGAGGCCGGUGUGCGACAUGAACAUGUGUCGGAGGAACGCAGGUGUGUGCGCCAUCAACGGCCUCCUCUACGUGAUCGGCGGCGACGACGGCUCGUGCAACCUCUCGUCCGUGGAGUUCUACAACCCCGCCACGGACAAGUGGAGCCUCAUUCCCACCAACAUGAGCAACGGACGCAGCUACGCUGGUGUCGCAGUGAUCGACAAGCCGCUAUGACGAAGGACAGGCGCUGGCAGGUGGGCGAGUUCUGCCGAGGGACUGGAUCCUUCUGCCGGAGCCGCUCCUGACUUUCUUUGCUGCACUGGAAAAAGAAGAAGCCACAGAGACUUGAGGGUGAGAAGCCGAGCAGAGCGAGUCCUCACUGACCACUGCUGCCACCCGACCCCUUCCAGAGGUCGCCGACCUGCUGACGCACUUUUGAGCCAAUUUUGUAGUGUUGCCACAGUUCAAGUGCUAAAGUUCGGAGCGUCUGGGCCGGAAUAUGUGGACUGCAGCCAGGAGUGGGUGUUCCCAACCGUCAUGUGAGCGGGACCCGCGGAGGCUCGGGCCUCCUGAGAGCGCUUCGCUCCGCCACCACCUGCAGUCGCAUUUCCACACAGCCAAAACAUUUCAUGGGUCCAGAGACGUGUCGAUUACACUGUAGAGGCUCCAGAUGGGUUUUAUUUAUCGACUCUGUUUUUAGCCCAACAAACAAUUGUGAUUCUAACGUUGUGAUAAAGAACUUGAAUCCACAUCAGCGCUGUUCAUUCUUCGGCAGCAUCGGCGGCUUGCUGGUCCUGCGUGGUGUGUCCCAGUCCAGGUGAGUUGGAUGGGUCCAAGUGAUCGACGGGCUUCAUUUCCACUGGAUAUUACGAUCAAAGGAAUGUCAAGAUGACGCUCACCAUGAUACAAGCAGUGUCGGGUCACGAUCACCAGAUGGCGCCAAACGCAAUUUGAAGCGGAGAAGCGAGCACCGGUUUCUGUUUUAAAACUAUGUUUUGUUUUCACUGAAACCGAACUCGAACUCGUCAUGAAAUACGAUUCACCUAAAAUAUUUUAUACAGUUUAGGCCCCUUCACUUUAAAUUUUAAUACAUUAAUGACUUGGUUUUGCUCUUCAUAUUAUUUAACGAAAGUGAAAAACCUUGAGACUGUUGAUCAGCCGGUGCUGAACAAUCCAGCGUUUUAUACCCUUUAGUUAAAUAUAUUUUUUAAGUCCUGCAGAAGUAAAAAUAUGUGCAUGAAUAGGAUGUACAUUCUUAAUUUUAAAGAUAUGUUUUAUUUUUACAUUUUAAGUUUGGACUGGAUUAAAAAUAUAUAUAUAUUUAUGAACAUGAAAUUUAAAUGUAUGAAAUAAUGUCUGUCAUUUAAGAUACGUAUUUGUCAGUUUCGAUAAUUAUUCUUGUGAAGUGUUAUAUACGAGGUCAAAGUAUUUCGAUAUAUUGCCGUGUUGGUAUCGAUCUCUACGGAUCCGUUGACCAGUUUAAUGUCGGACAGUUCUCUUCCCCUUCAGAUGUGACCGCUGUAGGAAUCAAUGGUUCCAAUAUAAAAACACAAACUUUCGCAGCAACAGCGUCAGAAUUUAAUUACUUUCAUGGUCCGGUAGAUGGCGCUGUUGCGCCGCCGGAAUAAAAUGUCACUACGUCAAGUUACGGUUCAUGUUAAAUUCGUUUCGCUUUUUAGCUGGACAUUGCGGUCGAAUUGCUCAUGUCAACAUGGAUUUAAAAAUCACUUUUAAUGGCAAGAUCUGUUUAUUUAUUUGUGUUCUGCGCCGCUAUGUUUCCGAUCAUUGUUUUAAAGAGCAAAACCACGUAUUCGCAGUAGUAUUUCGGCAGGAGGGAUAGCUGAGUUCAUUUGAGUAAAUCAGGGAAGUUUGUUCAGUUAAGAGUCGGAGGUGUUUCUCACGAUGAUUUUUUUUUUAGUUUUCCAGAAGCGUCGUAAGAAUGACCCUUGUUGCCACAGUCCACUAGAGGGCGACCUCUGCUCUCACGAAACCUCGCGACUGAAGCCGACGCGUCAUGUCGCUUCGUUCCUUCCGGGCAAUCAAAGACACACGAAACGUCCAACUUCUUCCACUUCUUUAUUAUUGCUGAGUCAUCAUGGCACGAAAGACGGGAAACCAAGUGACACACGGUGUUGUUUAUAGGAUGGUGUUUGGCCAUGCAAGCGCACACAUAUACACAUCAGCUGAUCCAACACAGCGACAGAAUGACGCAGACACACAGAAUUGUCGUCACGAGAAACCAAGUUAUGAUCGCUUUAGCAGGACUUAAAAAAAAAGAAACAUUUCCAGGGUCAACCAAAGAGCCAAACAAUAACUUAACAUUCAUUCCUUCAGGUGUUUUUUUUAAAUGUAUGUACAGGAUAUAUUUGUAUAGAAGUAGUGCCUCAUAUUAGAAAUACAAAACAAAAACACAUCCGAGCGAAUGCUGUGCAAAUAA